AUAGUCAUUUUCUUACAUUUAUUUACUUAUUUUAUUAAAAUUUAAAAAAAUAGAGAAGUUGAUUAAAUAAGAAAUAAAAAAAAUACUUAUCCAAAACUUGAUUAAAUAAGAAAUAAAAUAAAUGAAAUACUUCCCCUACUAAUUAUUUAAAAGAAUGUUAGUAAUGACUUUUAUUUAUUUUUAUUUUAUUUUUUAAUAUUAAAUAUAUAAAAAUAAUUUUGUCCUUUAAAAUAUAUCUUACAAAAUAACAAUUAUAUACUAUAAUUUAUAAUGAAUUAGCCAAAUGUAAUGAAUUACAAAUUCUUAAUCUCGGACACAAUCGACUGAUUGACACAUUCCCUUUUUGGUUACAAAAUUUGACAAGUUUGCAAAUUCUUGUACUGCGUUCCAACAAAUUUCAUGGUCCAAUAUGGGAUCCAAACAAGUAGAUGGCUUUAGGAAACUACAGAUUGUUGAUCUCUCUUUCAAUCAUUUCAAUCAUCAGAUUGGAGAUAAGCCAAGAUCGAUGUACAUGGAUGAGGAUGACCGUAGUUACUACCAAGAGUCGCUAACUGUGACAAAUAAAGGCUUCGAAAGGGAAAUGGUCAGGAUCUUAACUAUCUUGUUGAGAAUCAUUCUCUACCAUUUAUUCCAUGUGGGACAUUGUCCACAAUAUAUCUUCUCCUGUAUUGAUCUUUCAAACAAUAAUUUUCAUGGAGAAAUUUCAAAAUCUGUUGGGGAUCUUCGAUCAUUGAUUGUGUUGAAUCUAUCAAGUAACAACUUUGAAGGUCACAUUCCACUAUCUUUUGGAGAUCUUAAGCAACUUGAAUCAUUGGAUCUCUCCAACAACACACUCUCUGGAAGAAUCCCUCAAGAAUUGGCAACACUCACAUUUCUUGCUUAUCUCAACCUUAGCACGAACCAACUUAUGGGACUGAUUCCACAAGGUGAACAAUUCAACACAUUUGAGAAUUCUUCAUUUUAUGGAAACGAAGACUUAUGUGGCUUUCCAUUAUCAAAAGAAUGUGAAGAUUGUACAGAUGAGACACCAAAUACGACUCUGGAUGAUCAUGAAUCUGAGUUUUAGAGUGGUUUUGGUUGGAAAGCAGUGACUAUAGGAUAUGCAUGUGGGUUUCUUGUUGGAGUGUUGGGUGAAUAUCUCUUCAUUUCCAAAAAAAUAAAUCACAGGUAUCAUAAAAAUAUUUAUGGCAAUGAUAUUUAUUAUUGAGAAUUAUAACUACUUAUUUUUUUUAUUCUGAUUUGUUUAGUUCUUAUUAUAUAAAAAAAUUAUAUGUAUUAAGAGUGAGAUCAAUAUCAGAAUUAUUAUUAAUUUCUUAUAUGAAGAAGGGAGCUUUACA